UAAUAUAAUUCAGUAACCGUCUCCGCAAGGUAUUCUCCCCACAAAAACAAAAGCAUUGUGGAAGUAACCAUCUCCUCUCUUUCUUCUCUUUCCCAAAGCGCCAAUCCAACUGCUUACCAAGCAAACCCAAUUUAAAACAAUCCCGCCAACCGCCCUGCUCCGUCGCCGCAUCACCUUUUCUCUAAAUCUUCCAAAGCAUCUUUUUUGCUGUGCUUCCACCGUAUUGGAUCAUUCCCCUGUCCUCCUCUAAUAACUACUUCUCCUCUCCGACCGGUCGACGGCCAGUUGGCUUAAAACUAUCGUCGACAUCAGCGUCCUAUUUUGUGAUAGCGUGGAUUUAGAUCGGAUGAGCCAGAGAAACGAGAAACCUUUGGGAGAAGAGGGAACGGAUGAUCCGAUCCCUCCGCUGCAAGUGGAUCUGAAGAUAAACGACAUCGUAGGGAAUGGGAUAUCGGGAAUGCUUUACAAAUGGGUGAAUUACGGGAAAGGAUGGAAACCGAGAUGGUUCGUUUUGCAAGACGGAGUUUUAUCGUAUUAUAAAAUCGACGGACCUGAUAAGAUCCUUGUUAGCCAAGAAACAGAAAAAGGAUGCAAAGUUAUCGGCGAAAAAUCUCGCCGUAUUAUCUCCCGCCAUCGCGAUUCCUUUUCAAAUAAUUCGCUAACCAAUCGCAAACCCUUCGGUGAAGUCCAUCUAGAGGUUUCUACUUUCAGGCAAAGCAAAUCACACGAUAAGAGAUUCUCAAUCUUUACCGGAACGAAGAUGCUUCAUUUACGAGCCGAGUCGCAGGACGAUCGAGAAGCGUGGAUGGAGGCGCUUCAGGCUGUUAAGGAUAUGUUCCAUAGGGUGUUCCAUAGUAAGAUAGUGGCGCCGAUGGUGGCCAAAGUGGCGAUUUCAACCGAGAAGUUGAGGCAACGGCUGGUGCAGGAAGGGUUAGACUCAGCGACAAUCGAAGAUAGCGAACAGAUCAUGAGGAACGAAUUCGCCACGUUGCAGAAGCAGCUCGUAUUGCUUAAACAGAAACAAUGGCUACUCAUCGACAUCUUGCAACAAUUAGAGGUAUAUGUUAUGAAAAUGAGAAAAAAACAUUCAAUUUUCAAAAACUGAUCCAACAUUUACUUCGAUUCACUAAUCAAAAAUUAUAUUUUCAGAUUAUUGAUAUUUUUUUAAAAAAAUUCAAUAAAACAGGUAAAUAUGUCACAUUAUAUUAAAUUGGUGUUAAUUUAGGUUUGAUUUUUUGUUUUUUUUCCCUUUUCUGAAGUUUUUGAAUGAACAUGAGAGGAAAAAUUAUCGGUAUAGAUGUUGUAUAGAUGUUAUUGUUGUAAUACCCAAUUAUUGCCCGGGGCCCAAAGCCAUAAACACCAAACUAAAGUAAAUUAAAACUAAACCUAGCCCAAAACCCAAAUUACACCCAAGCCCACCUAGACCUAACCCUAAUGGCCCAAACCCAUAACGGAGCCAAAAAAAAACCUAGCAGUGACAGCAAAUUGGCGCCGCAGUAACCACCCCCGCAGCAACCGCCUCAACGUCGCCCCGCACGUCGCACAUGUCGCCCCGCACCAACCAUGCACGUUUUCCCUGCAAACGAACCACGAACAACACUAGAAUGACCAAAAAUAUAGCAAAAAUUGUAAAAAGAUUAUUAUUUUGCUUUCUCUGUAAAGAUUUGGCUAUAUAAAGCCAAUUGUUUUUUUGUAAAGGGGUUACGAAAAUUAAGAGAAAAAAAGAAGAAAUCGAGAGGAGAGGGGUUACGUUUUUGUAUCAGAAGAUUAUUGAGAAAAUAUAUAAAAAAAAAAAUUGGAGCAAAAAUAAGAAAUUUUUUGAAA